UUCCACGCUUCCACUUGGUAACUCACGCCCUUUUUCCUUCCUACCUUGCGUCCUAGGCCACUUCCUUCCUCGUUUUCCAUCUCUGCCAUCUCAGGACCGUCCAAAAGAUCUCUGAACUUUCAACUAUGAGUCGUCAUUCUCAUUCGAUACACUCACUAUCUGACGAGGAGAAGAUGGGGUUGCUCGACAACAGGUCUGUCUCCGACGUUGACAGUGACAGUGGUCGAGAUGAUCAAGACCACCAUCGGCUUCACUUUGAGAAAUGGGCCGGCCCCAUUCUCGCUCCUGUGGACUACGUUCGUUCAACCCCCUGGAGAGUUUACCUAGUUCGCUUCGCCUGGUUCUUCGUUCCCAGUUAUCUACAGGGACGACAUGCUCGUGAACAGAUUCGACCGACCAAGCUCGCUCCUACAGCCUACCUCGACGGUAUGCGAGGUGUUGCCGCCCUUGUCGUCUUGUUCUGUCAUUUCUUCUACCAGGCAUUCGUCAUCGCCAAAGGCUGGGGCUGUGACGAUGCCCACUACAACGUCUUGAAGCUACCAAUUAUCCGAUUGUGGUAUCAGGGCCCUCCAGCCGUCUGUCUUUUCUUUGUCAUCUCGGGAUAUGCCCUCUCCUAUCGACCUCUCAAGCUCAUCCGGGGUAGGAACACUCAGGACUUCUCGACUACCAUGAGUUCUCUAGUGUUCCGACGAGGCAUACGUCUAUACCUUCCAACCGCCAUCUCCACCCUAAUGAUCGUCUCCUUCAUCCGCUUGGGUGUUUACGAAUGGACGAGAGAGUUUGCCAUGGACCGUACUUUCAUGAGGAACGUCAGAGAACCUCAUCCUUCGCGUCUCCCUACAAACUAUGCUCAGUUCGCAGAAUGGGCAAAGGAUAUGUUCGAUUUUGUCCAUGUCUUCGGCUGGAAGACCCACGGUGGAAGCACCAACUAUGACCAGCAUCUGUGGACCAUCCCUGUUGAGUUUCGUUGCUCGCUGUAUCUCUUCCUCACCCUAAUAGCCACUGCUCGACUUCGAAGUCAGUACCGAUUCAUCACAGUUGCCGGUAUAAUGCUCUUUACCUACCGAAAUUCCCGUUGGGAAUUUCUCAUGUUCCUCUGCGGCAUGGUCCUGGCUGAGAUUGAUCUUAUCCGCGGCGCCCACGUCUCACCUCCUGCCCUCCCCAUCGAGGAGAAGACCCAGUCUAAUCACGGCCGUUGGUACCAGAGCGCUUUCUGGGCAAUUUUCAGUGUCGCAAGCUUAUAUCUUAUGAGCCAACCCGAUGAGGGCGGUGAUCGAACACCGGGCUGGAUCUACCUUACGUCGCUGAUUCCUAAGUGGUGGGCGGCCGAGAAGUACAGAUACUGGCAAUGUACGGGUGCUGUUAUGUUUGUUCUCGCAGUGAGCCGCUCGUCUAACUGGCAGCGCGUAUUCAACUCGGCCUUCGUGCAGUACUUGGGCAAGAUCUCCUAUGCCCUUUAUCUUAUGCAUGGACCCGCCAUCCAUGCCGUUGGAUAUCAUUUCGAAAAAUGGUGCUAUAGCGUGACGGGCACCGAGGGGCACCGCUUCACUGCUGGUUUUGUCCUGAGCUCGCUCUUUGUGAUUCCAACUAUCUUUUGGUGGGCUGAUGUAUUCUGGCGAGCGGUCGAUAUCCCAACGGUCAAAUUUGCAAAAUGGUGGGAAAACAAACUUACUGUUAAGUCGGACUAGAGUUCAUGGCACCAGAAGAAAACUGAUUCGUGAUAUUCGGCGUUGGAGGUUAGCGUCUUGCAAGUUUUUGGUUCUAAAGAGGCUGGUCUUCGUUCCGAAGACCUAUUCCGCGGCGUUUGGGUGGUUGAUUUCUAUCACACAAGGGACA